UCGGAUGGAUUAGGUAGAGAACUGUGGUCCUCGGCAGAGGCUGCGAAGGGGCGUGAUGGGGGAGGCGGCCGUGGCCGCGGGACCCUGCCCGCUGCGCGAGGACAGCUUCACGCGUUUCUCGUCGCAGAGCAAUGUGUACGGGCUGGCCGGCGGCGCGGGUGGACGCGGGGAGCUCCUCGCCGCCACCCUUAAAGGCAAGGUGCUCGGCUUCCGCUACCAAGACCUCCGACAGAAAAUCCGGCCGGUGGCCAAGGAGCUGCAGUUCAACUACAUCCCCGUGGAUGCAGAGAUUGUCUCCAUCGACACCUUCAACAAGUCACCCCCGAAGCAGGGCCUGGUUGUGGGGAUCACUUUCAUCAAGGAUUCAGGGGACAAGGGAUGCCCCUUUCUUAACAUUUAUUGCGACUAUGAGCCUGGCUCUGAAUUCAACCUCGACUCCAUUGCGCAGAGCUGCCUGAACCUGGAGCUCCAGUUCACACCUUUCCAGCUGUGUCACACAGAGGUCCAGGUUGGGGAUCAGCUGGAGACUGUGUUUCUCCUGAGCGGAAAUGACCCAGCCAUCCAUCUCUACAAGGAGAAUGAAGGGCUGCAUCAGUUUGAAGAACAGCCCGUGGAGAACCUCUUCCCAGAGCUCACGAAUCUGACCAGUAGUGUCCUCUGGCUUGAUGUCCACAACCUCCCCGGCACAUCCCGGCGCCUCUCGGCUCUCGGCUGUCAGAGUGGCUAUGUCCGUGUCGCCCACGUGGACCAACGGAGUCAAGAGGUGCUGCACAUGUGGACAGUGCUGCAGGACGGCCCCAUCUCCCGAGUGAUCGUGUUCAGCCUCACGGCCCCCGAGGAGGCCCCGGACCAGCCGAGGCAGGAGGCGUGCAGCGUGCUCGUGGUCAGCAUGCUGGAGCCGGCAGUGGUGUACCGGGACCUGCUGAACCGGGGCCUUGAAGACCAACUUCUCCUGCCUGGCAGUGACCAGUUUGACAGCGUCCUCUGUGGCCUGGUCACUGAUGUGGAUUUAGAUGGACAACCAGAAGUCCUGGUGGCCACCUAUGGACAGGAGCUGCUCUGCUAUAAGUACCGCGGCCCCGAGUUGGGGCUGCCGGGGGCCACCCCUGGCUUCCAGCUGCUGUGGCGGCGGAGCUUCUCAAGCCCCCUGCUGGCCAUGGCUCAUGUGGACCUGACCGGCGACGGGCUGCAGGAGCUGGCCGUGGUCUCCUUGAAGGGCAUGCACAUCCUACAGCACAGCCUCAUCCAGGCCUCUGAGCUGGUCCUGACCCGGCUUCGGCGUCAAGUAGAACAGAGGAGACGGCGGCCACGGGGACUUGGGGACAGGUCGGGCCCAGGGCCUGCAGAGCCCCCAGUCUCCUGAGCACCUACCUGUCGGUUCAUUCUUCUUACACCUGGAGCAGUUCAUGAGACACAUCUCCAGCCAUUGAUGGGAGGAGGUGUCCCAAGAAGAGUGUGGUCUCCCCAGGUCCCCGGGUGGGACAGCCCUGAGUCUCUGCUCUGGCUUUGCCCCAUGAGCCCUGUGACCCAGGCUAGCCCCUCUCUCUGUGCCUCGGCAUCCCCAGCGGGAAACGGGCGAUCCCACCCACCAUCUCCAGUGCGCUGAGCACUGGUCAUGUGUCCAGAGAAACAAAGCUUUCACAGUCGACUUCA